AUGAGUGGCAUCAACCGCUUUCUUUCCAAACGCGAGGGCAAGCGCAACCGCGGCACUGACAACCAUCAUCAUCAUCCCCAUCUACACCACCAUCAGCCUGAGGUUAAAUCGAGCCCUUCCACCUCGAGCCCUGAUGUUGUUGCCAGACCAGUGGAUCCAACCUCAUCGGCGGACUUCUACGGAUUAUUUGACGCCCAUGGACCUACCCACACUCAAGCCGAAGAAUUGAAGGUCAAGACUGUGCGUCAACGCAUUAUCAAAGCCAAAGGGGUCAUGCUACGUGAUGCCCAGAUUCUUUGGGCAUUGCGAUCCAUUUCUGCCGCGGGCGAGGUUGACCCUGCUUGCGACCUCCUACUUGCAAUGUCUGAUGCUUCGGAAGGCAUUGUGACCCCUUAUGACCCGAGAACAAAACUCCUCGGUGCCCAGAACAGACAAGGCGUCACAUGCUACCUCGACUCAACUUUAUUCUCCAUGUUCUCCCGUCUCGAUAGUUUCGAGGCAAUGUUGUACAAUUCAUUCGACGAUCUCUCUCUGAACAAACUGGGUUUCAUGCUGCGCCUUUGGGUGAAUCUGUUGAGAUCCGGAAAGCUCAUCACCACAGAUAUUACAAAGGUGAUGCAAGAAACUCUCGCGGAAUGUGGAUGGGAAGAAGCUGCCGAGUUACAUCAGCAAGAUGCCUCUGAAGCCUUCUCGUUCAUCACUGGGAAGCUUGAGUUGCCUUUACUGACUUUGAAGAUGGACAUCUACCACACCGGGAGAGAAGACACUGCCGAUGACCACAAGUUCAUCAACGAAAGACUCCUCGAGGUCGCGAUCCCGCCAGAUCUCAUCGGGCAGAAAGAUGAGAUCACCCUUGAGGAGUGCCUCGAAGAUUAUUUCAACAACCGAAUAGAGGUUCGCAGAUAUAUGACACGUCGCUCAACGCUCAAUUCCAUACGCAAGUCCAAUGCAAUCCACGUUGAAACGGUGGAAUUGGAUGGGGAUUCCUCUCCAAUCACUCCCAUAUCCUCCUCGCCAAUUCUCAACUCCCCGCUCCGACCGUCAAACCGACUCCGAACCCCGAGUAUUAUACAAGAACGCUAUAUUCCUCGAACCGAAAGCGGCUUCGUGCCUAUGGGAACGACUGAAUCAAAAGAUUUUGCCGGCAGACCACGUGCUGGAAGUGUUCGAAAAGAAGUGAUGAUGCCCGCUUGGCAGUUCUUCAGCCUUAUCCCCUGGUACACUGAUAAUGCUCCGAAGAACGACGCACAGGUUGCCGCUCAUUUUUCAUCCAAGCGACCAAUUCUUGGUCUUUGUCUCAAGCGAUACUCAAUGACCGCAAAUGGAGAUGCGAUUCGCCUCAACACCCAGAUCGAUAUUCCCAUUGAGAUUGGUGUACCUCAUUUCAUUCAGGAUGAUCAAUUGGAGGAAGCUGGGGCCCUUCAUGGUAAUUUCAAACUGUCUCUACAGUCGGUGGUCUGCCAUAGGGGCAACUCGGUUAAUUCUGGUCAUUACAUUGCAUUGGUCCGUGGAACGGCUCCUCCUGAGACAUCGGACAGCAGUCGUGGCAUUGAAGACGGCAGCAAAACAUGGAUGCGCUUUGAUGACCUUGCGCCACAUCGUAUUACCGUUGUUGACAUUGAAAAGGCAUUGAAAGAGGAAACGCCCUAUCUAUUAUUCUAUCAAAUUGCACCUAUCAUAGGGGAUCCUGGUCACAUUACAUCAGGGGAAUAUACUUUGGAUCCCAAUACUGACCGCAAUGCGUCUGUGGGCGAAUUGUCAAUUAUUUCUGCAGCAACUAAUCCUGCAGAUGACAAACAGCCACCAUCAGGGCGGCUGAGCUUUGAAGUUCUAGCUCCCGACGACCCAAGAGGCCGGUCACCCCCAGAAACAAGAAGAGCUAGCAUCAUAUCCUUCUCAGAUCUGCCUCCAGGACAAUCAAUUGAUAGAUUGAAUGUGCCAGCCAACAGUGCUUCUGGCUCCUCCCCUUCAUCAAGUGGCCAGUCUCUUUCAAGAGCGCAGAGCAAAUCAGGUGACGGUUUAGGCCGAAAACUUAGCAAGUUAGCCAGGAGGAGUCGAGAAAUCUUACCUGAUAGUGCCCCCAAGGCCGAGAUCCACGUCACAGAUAUUGGUGAUGGCACAAACUCUGAGCAACAGAGUAUCAACCAACCACCAAAUGUCAGGCAACCUAUAGAGUCACAAAAAGGGCACAAGAGAGAAAAGAGUCGCGUCCGCCUGACGAGAAGCAAAGUCAGGACAGGGGACAAGCCAGACAGAGAGUGUGUGGUGAUGUGA